AUGUCAAUUACGGAUGAACGAGCAAAACAAGCAUUUCCAGAAUUAGAACAAAUGAUUCAUGAUUUAUAUUCAAAACCAUUACCAGUAAAAUUAUAUCGACGUGCUCGUCGUGAAUAUAGAAAAGUAAAACAUCUCCAGAAAUUGUUAAAUCGUCGACCUGAUAUUAUUAUACGUCGAAUAGAUAAAGGUGAGGGGUUUUAUUUUGGUAAUAAGUCUAUAAUGGAAUAUAAUACAGAAGAAUAUAUGAAUAAAACUGAAGCUUAUCAAGAAGUAACUACUGGUCGUUGUCCUCUAUCCGAUAUUUUACGUUCAACAGAAGCUGUACUUGAUUAUCUUCUCAAGAAAAAAGCAAUUUCCAAAGCUCAACGUGAUAAACUUCUAUCUAAUGUAAACACUCUUGAACUCGCUCAUUUGUAUACAUUACCUAAAGUGCAUAAGCCUGACAUAUCAAUACGACCCAUCAUUUCUGCGCCCAUCUAUUUACAAGUGGCUCAGGAUACUACAUUCAUAAAUAGUAUUGAUGUUGUUCUUAUAUUAGAAAAAUAUACUACCGAUGGUUAUCUUAAACCUACAACAAAGUUUAUUACAGGCGAUGUUGAAAAUCUUUAUACCAUGAUACCAAGAGAAGGUGGCAUUAAUGCAUUAAUACGAUUUUUAGACAAAUGUUCUAAAUAUCGCAAGAUAGGUCCAUUUAAUAUAGAUAUGAUAUUAAAAAUGGCUCGUCUAAUUUUGGAUACAAAUUAUUUUGCAUAUAAAAAUGAAUAUUAUCAUCAAAAACGUGGCGGAGCUAUGGGUUCUGUAUUUACACAAGUCUUUGCCAAUAUUUAUAUGUUAGAAUGGGAGCAAGAUUUAAUAAGAUAUCAAGCAUCCAAACAUGAAAUUUAUGGAAGAUAUGUCGAUGAUAUUUUUAUGACUACAAACGAACCAUUCGAAGAACUCAUAAAAAAACUGGAAGAAGCACAACAGAAAGAUAACAAUAUUAAAAUAAAAUCUACUAUUAAUGACACCUUUUAUUUUCUUGAUAUUACUAUAACGAAUGCAAAUGGUCAAUUGAAAACAUCUAUCUAUCAUAAACCAACUGCUGAUCCAUACUUCUUACCAUAUACAUCAGAUCAUCCACAUCGUAUUCAUCGCAAUAUACCAUAUACUGCAUUAAUACGUGCGGCACGACUCUGUAACAAUCUUCAUGAUUUUCAUAUGGAACGAUUACGAAUCAAAGUAUCACUGUUAUUGAAUAAUUAUCCACCAAAAUUUAUAAAGAAUCAAUUUUUUCAAGUGAAUAAGGCUGACAUUCUAAUCAAAAGAUUCGAUGAAAAAACUUAUCAUCAAUUACAUUACAAAUUACUAUAUUAA